AUGCCGCAAGCCGCCACCCAAGAGGGAGAGGCGUCGGGGUCCGGACCAACCCUCGCGCUCCGCCGCGGCCGGAGCUCCACCGUCUCAGCAACGCCCACGACGACCACCCGGUCGAUGGCCCUGGUGCGUGCGCGGCGGAAGCCCCCGGGCUCCCAAUCGCCACAGGAACCACCCGUGCGGUCCCCGACAAGGAAGAGAAAGAGGGGGGCGGCUGCCAACCAGAAAUCGAAGGAACGGACAAGGACCAGGGAUGAGGAGGAGGAGGAGGAUGGGGUCUCAUCUGCAGGCAGCUCCCCAAUUCGCGCGCCGCAGAUUCCGGAUGCGUUAUACGAAGAUCUGGAUAUGCUCAAGGCCAUUCAAGAUGUACACGAUGCAUACGAUGAAAAAUUAGGCCGCCAAAUGGAACUGCCGACUCUUUAUCUGCACACGUGUAAACCGCCCACAUGCUUGAGUACUAAUCCUAAGCUUCUUCGUGUCCGUGAAUCCACAACAAAGACAGUGCUUGCUGCUGCUCCAUCAGUUAUUGGACUUUCAUCCUCUGUUGGUCGUCAUUUGCUAACACGAUGCUCUGGAUUUUGGGUUGAUUGGGAUGAGGAAAACAAAAAAGGUACUGUUUUGACUACUGCACAUGUGAUUCGCACGAAGUCCCCAUCCUCAAAUGACUGGCUAGGUAAAGAUGAGUAUGCUCCCAAGGCCAAGGUUUUUGUUCACUUGCGGGAUGCCACUACUCAGAAGGCCACCAUGCUGUACUACGAGAAGCACUAG